AUGGUUUGUACUCCGGCGCAUCCAGCAAUGAUACCCCCCCGGAUCGCGACGAUCAUCGGAUGUGCAACCCGACAUGGGGACGUCAAUAUAAAUCAAAUCUGCCUGACUGGUUUUAAACGCGUGCAAAAGCGAUGUCAUGACACCAUAUUGCAGCUCCGUGAAUUGGUGGUCGUAAAAAGCGACAGGCGCCGUGUUCCCUUUGAUCGGGACAAACUCGGCAAAUCGAUCCGGGUGGCCUUACGCAAACGCCCCGUGUCGGAGGAGCAGCAGGACAGGCUUGUCAAUCAGGUUGUGCAGCAGCUGGAGGCCAUGGGCGAGGGAGAGGUGUCCUCGUCGCAGAUCG